AUGGCCCCUUCGUCAAAGCAGACUGGAGGAUCAAAGAAGAAGGAUGCUGGAUCAGAGGGUACCAAGUUGAAGCCAGCCAAUAGUCUCAAAGUCCGCCAUAUUUUGUGCUCAAAACAAUCUACAGCCCUAGAAGCGAUCGCGCGCCUGAAGGCUGGCGUUGGGUUCGACAAAGUGGCCGCAGAGCUGAGCGAAGAUAAAGCUCGAAAUGGUGGCUCUUUGGGCUGGAUGACUCGUGGUUCCAUGGUUGGUCCGUUUCAGGAAGCAGCUUUUCUCUUGACUCCAUCCACGGUUGCCUCGCCUACCUAUACCGAUCCACCGGUAAAGACAAACUUUGGGUAA